AUGGAGAAAAAGCAGGCUUCCAUGUUGAGAGUGUUAAAAUUCAGUAUAAAAAUAUUAUAUCCAAAGUUCAAUUUCUACAUAUUUUUAGUGUUUCUUGCUAUAAAGUUUAGAUAUUUACAACAGAAGCUUUCAAAGUCCAACGUUAUCAAUAUGUUCUCACUCAAUACUCUACCUGAAAAAGUUAUAAAAAAUAUUUUAAAGGAACAUAUAACAGAGGACUAUUUAGAAAUACUUGGACAUAAAUGUAUAAUUAUUCCUAAGGACAGUUUUAUAGACUUGUGUGUGGAGAACUUUUUCUAUGUAGAUAAUGGUGUUCUAUGGACUACUCUUUCACUGGCAAAUGAAUUUAAAAAGCAACAUGAGGAGGAAAAUCAAUUUAAGAAACAAAGCAGUUUUCCUCGAUUUAACUUUAAUUUACCAGCAGAUUUACAUAAAAAGUUAUACUCAACUUCAGCAGUGGCUCUAGAUAAUUUAAGAAUAGUACCACUUGUUGGAUCAAAGUUAGUUAAGGAUGCUUAUACAAGUGAAUCUGAACAACAUAACAUAUUAAAUUCCUUUGGUCUUAAUAAAAAUGAUAAUAUCUCUGUAUCUUUUCAUCCUAUAAAUUCAUUUGAAAAUAACCCACAAAUUGCAGCAACUGCAGAAGUCUGUUUGAUUCUUAGUGACUAUGACUUGUCCAAUGAUUUUCUUAAAGAGGUAUUAAGUAAUUACUUUGAAAAACCAAAAUUAAUUUCUGAAAUGGAUGUUAUAUGUAUUGAACUUACAAAAGAGAUAACUACUAAAUAUCAUUAUAAUCAUUUGGAUCUUGUGGAAUCCAGUGGAAGAGUUUCUUUCAAAUGUACAAAACUCACAAACAAUUCACACAAGGUACAAAAUGUGAUAACAUCACUUUUUGUUGUGAAAGGAGUAACACAACUGACUUUAGGUGAAAAUAUGCAUUCAGUUCGACCGAAGAAUGAAUUCUGUAUGUUACCAGCAGCAAAUGUUAUUCAUUCCUGCCCAUUGGGCUUAAAAGAAAAAUUUGAGGAAAUACAAGAAUCAAUUCAACCAUUCCUGAAUGGAGAUAUAAAUACAUUAUCAGAUUCAAUGUCUAGUCCAAUUAUACCAAUAUUACUCAUCACUGGUCCAACUGGCUCUGGACGACAUUUAUUAGUUAAAACAUUAGCUAAAUGUAAUGGGCUUAGUUAUGUGCAGAUUGACUGUAACCUUUUACAAAGCUCAACAGCAAAGCAAACAGAAAGUAAAAUAUAUUCAUCAAUACAAAAAGCUAAGGCAGCAGCACCCGCUAUUGUUUUAUUGGAUAAUUUUGAGGUUCUAGCUGUUGACCCACAAAACAAUGAAGAUCACAGAAUUGAAGAAUACUUCAUAAAUACCCUAACAGAUCUCUACCAAAACUAUACAAAACAUGCAAUAAUAUUCAUAGCUUUGACUGAAAACCGUGACUUGAAACCAAAUAUAAUGAGACUCUUCUUAGAAAAAUUUCAAAUAUCCAAAUUAAGUGUUCAGCAAAGAUUUGAAAUGCUCCAGUGGUUUUCAUCAAUCAUGGAACUUAAUAUAGACAAUCAAAUUGAUCAAGAAAAUGAAAAAAGAGAAAUCUUUAAGGAAAAUCUAAGUUUGCAUUCAAAAGAGGUUUUACGAAGAUUAGCAUCAAAGACGGAGACAUUUGUCUAUGGCCAUUUGGAUACAUUAAUGCAUUUUGCAUUAAAGGAGUCCUAUUUAAAGCAAGUUGACAAUUAUCCGCAAUUACCACAGGAUCCUAACUUAUAUGUAAUUCACGAAGAAGAUUUCAAUCGAGGAUUAGAGUCAAUAAGGAGUUUGCAAAGUCAGCAUUUGGAUGCACCAAAAAUACCUAAAGUGUAUUGGGAAGAUAUUGGUGGCUUGGAAAAACUAAAGAAGGAAUUGUUGAAAACUAUAGAAUUCCCUAUUAAAUUCCCACACUUGUUCAAGAAUUCAAGUCUUAAAAGAUCAGGAAUAUUAUUGUAUGGACCUCCAGGUUGUGGAAAGACCCUGGUGGCGAAAGCAGUUAGUACUGAACUUAACGUUAGUUUUAUGAGUGUGAAAGGGCCGGAGCUAUUAAAUAUGUAUAUAGGACAAUCAGAAGAAAAUGUAAGGAAAGUAUUUGAAUCGGCUCGUGCGUCCUCUCCCUGUAUUGUCUUCCUGGAUGAGCUGGAUGCGCUUGCGCCGGGUCGCGGCUCAGCUGGCGACUCAGGUGGCGCCAGUGAUAGAGUCGUUAGCCAGUUGUUAGCCGAACUUGAUCCAGUUACUAGUGAUGAUGGUGACACAAGUUUUGUAUUUGUUAUGGGUGCGACCAACCGGCCAGAUUUGUUGGAACAAUCCUUGCUUCGUCCAGGUCGACUUGACAAGUUGAUAUAUGUGGGACCAUAUUGUGGUCUACAAGAGAAAACCUCCGUUUUAAAAGCUCUAUGCCGAAGUUACAAUCUCCGUCCAGAAGUGGACCUUGAGAAGGUAGCAGCGGCUUUACCCCAACGCUGUACGGGGGCUGACUUACUGCAAGUUGUCUCCACUGCACGAACAGUUGCUGUACGCUCUCUAGUCGAAAAAAUUAAUACUGGGGUCGUCAAAGAAAGUGAAUUAAGUGAAGAUUCUGUAAUAUUAGGCGUUUCAGACUUAUGGAGAGGAGUUGAAUCCUUUCGACCAUCUGUCACUGAAGAGGAGCUUUAUUAUUAUGAGUCUCUACAAACAGUUAUGUAA